UUGAAUCUUGAGAUUUCAUAGUUUCUUUCUGCUCUCACAACUCACUCUUUGCCAUGGAAAUUGCGACUGCUGUUGGAGGCUCUAUCCUCUCUGUUUGCUUCCAGGGGCUUUUCGACAGGUUGAGUUCCAUUGACUUAAAGAAAUACGUAGGCCAAGGUCAAGUCUUGGCUCAACUCAAGAAGUGGGAAAAGAUGCUCCAGCGAAUUUAUGUGGUGCUUGAAGAUGCAGAGGAGAAGCAGACGGCAGACCAAUCGGUGGAGAUCUGGCUAAGCGAUCUCAGAGACUUGGCUCACGACCUCGAGGAUAUAAUGGAUGAACUUGCCACGGAGGUUCAACGACGCAAGUUGGAAGACAAGCCUGUUCGUCCAAAUGAUAAGGUGCACAAGCUUCUCUCUGCUAUGUGUGGUGGGGCGAAUCUAAAUUUAAAUACUAUUAAGUUCAAUGCUGAGAUGGUUGCCAAAAUAGAGGAAACUAGUGCUAGAUUAGAUGAGAUCAUAAAGCAGAAAGAUGAACUCCAUUUAGCUGAGUCUAAUAGGAGGGUCAGCCAUGUGACAGAAAGACCACCCUCAACCUCUUUGGUUAACGAAGCAAAGGUUUAUGGUAGGGAGGAAGAUAAGAAGGCGAUGUUGAAAUUGUUGAAUGCUGAGACAAGUGAUGCCCAGGUGUCGGUGAUUUCCAUAGUUGGAAUGGGAGGCCUUGGCAAGACAACUCUAGCUCAGCUAGUCUACAAUGAUCCCAUGUUGGAGUUUGAUUUGAAAGCCUGGGUGUCUGUUGGUGAAGAUUUUGAUGUUUUCAGGGUCACGAAAACAGUUCUUCAUCAAUUGGGAGAUGGUGGUGGUGACAAUGAUUUAAAUUUGCUUCAGGUAAAAUUGAAGCAAAAUUUGUCUUGGAAGAAGUUUUUAGUUGUCCUAGAUGAUGUUUGGACCCAGAACUAUGAGCAAUGGACUCUGUUUUGGGGUCCUUUUGAAGCAGGGGCAGCUCAAAGCAGAGUUAUCGUCACAACUCGAAGUCAAGAUGUUUCAUUAAUGAUGGGUGCCACUCAAGCAUAUUCUCUUAAGAAGCUCUCACACAAUGAAUGUAUGUCUGUGUUUGCCCAGCAUGCUCUGGGAGCAAAUAAUUUUGACGACCAUUUGGAGCUAAAAGAAAUAGGUGAGGAGAUUGUCAAAAGAUGUGGAGGAUUACCUUUGGCAGCAAAAGCUCUUGGAGGCAUCUUAAAGGGUAAACCAAAUCCUGAUUUGUGGAAGGAAGUGUUGAGCAGUGAGAUGUGGGAAUUACCAGACAAUAGGAACAAUAUCCUUCCAGCCUUGAAGUUGAGCUAUCUUCAUCUUCCACCUCAGUUAAAGCGAUGUUUCUCUUAUUGUGCAAUACUACCAAAGGAUCGCGAGUUUGAUAGGAAUGAAUUGGUUUUGCUGUGGAUGGCUGAGGGUUUCUUGUAUGACAAGAAGAAAAUGAAGGAUAGUGAAGGUUUGGGUCAAAAUUAUUUUGAUGAUUUAUUAUCAAGAUCGUUUUUUCAACAAUCAAACGAUAAUAAAUCGAAAUAUAUAAUGCAUGACCUAAUUGUUGAUUUAGCUUGCUUUGUUAGCAGAGAAGUAUGUUUGCAUAUGGUUGGUAAGUUGCAGAAUGCAAAAUCAUAUGCAAAGAUUAGACAUUCUUCAUUUAUUCCUCAUUUUAUGAACACUUUUCAAAGAUUUCAAAGCUUCUAUGAAAUGAAGAACUUGCGGACAUUGUUAUCCUGGAGUCGUUAUGUGGGGAGAUUACUUUAAUCAAAGGGUUGCCUGAAUCAGUGGAUAAACUCUUAAACUUACAGACAUUAAAGUUGCAUCAUUGUUAUGAGCUUAUUGAGUUACCUAAAGGCAUAUGCAAUUUACUCAACUUGCAGCAUCUUGACAUUAU